AUGCUUUCUACUAGUUUAGUCGGUGUUAUUCUUAAUGAUUCUGAUUCAGAUGAUGAUUUGGAGUUGACAAUAUCUGCCAUAGGAGAGUUGCUUAAUAAAAGAAGGAGGACAUCACCACAUCGCGGUUCAGUUUAUGGUCAUGCCUAUAUAUGGCGUGAUAGAGUUCAUGGGCAUCACAAGCUUUUUCACGACUACUUUGGAGAAAAUCCUGUAUAUUCUCCAAAUUUAUUUCGAAGGAGGUUUCAAAUGAAUCAAUCUCUUUUUCUUCGUAUUCAAUCUACUGUAGAAGCUCAUGACCCAUAUUUUGUUCAAAAAAGGGAUGCUAUUGGAUUUUUGGGUUUGUCUUCUCUCCAAAAGAUCACUACUGCAUUAAUGAUGCUUGCAUAUGGAGUUGCAACAGAUUAUGUUGAUGAAUAUGUAAGGAUUGGUGAAAGCACUGCAGUUGAAAGUCUUAAAAAAUUUGUUAAAGCAAUAGUUUCAAUUUUUUCGAAGAAGUGCAUGAGAUCUCCAAACAAAAUUGAUAUUGAUAGAUUGUUAAAAGAAGGUGACAAUCGUGGGUUUCUUGGAAUGUUAGGAAGUAUUGACUGUAUGCAUUGGAAAUGGAAAAAUUGUCCAGUUGCUUGGAAAGGGAUGUAUGUUGGUCAUGUUCGUGAACCAACUAUAGUUCUUGAAGCUAUAGCUUCAUAUGAUCUUUGGAUAUGGCAUGCAUUCUUUGGACCACCAGGAUCACAUAAUGACAUAAAUGUUUUAGAGAGAUCUUUUUUAUUUACAGAACUUGCUGAAGGACGUGCUCCACCAACUAACUAUUCAAUCAAUGGUCAUGACUAUACAAUGGGAUACUACCUUGCUGAUGGUAUAUAUCCUUCAUGGUCAACAUUUGUGAAAACAAUUCCAUUUCCACAAAGUCAUAAACACAAACAAUUUGCUGUAGCUCAAGAGUCAACAAGAAAAGAUGUUGAACGAGCAUUUGGAGUGUUGCAGGCAAGAUUUGCCAUUGUGCGUGGACUAGUACGUUUAUGGCAUCGUGAAACUUUAAAGGACAUUAUGAAAGCUUGCAUCAUAUUACACAAUAUGAUUGUUGAAGAUGAAAGACAUGUUAAAAAUUUAGAUUAUAAUUAUGAUGUAUUUGAUGUCAAUCCAGACAUAUCAAUUUCGCAUGAGCAUACGGCAAGCUUUUGGAAUUUGUUCAAUGUCAUCGUCGCAUUAGGGAUAGAGAUAUUCAUUCUCAACUACAACAAGACCUAA